GUUCUUUCAUCUCUGUUUAUUCCCAUCCUUGUUUGUUGGUGUGACAUAACCUUCUGUUACUUCAGCACCAUUUGAGAUGUGUUCGUAUUUACUCAGGGCUAUUUUUCUGUGGUUGGAAGGAGGGCAAGACGCAUCAAAUCCAGUUAAAUAUGGCAAAGGAUGUUUGGUCUGGCACAAAGCUAUGAAAGCUUCAGCAUUUCUCUGCGAGGCUCAGUGUUCAUUUGCAUACCCCUGUGAUUGUGUGCCCAGUUGAGAUGCCCAGUUGAGGUGAGGACAAGGUGCCCAGUGCAGGACAAGACCGACAGAUCUGGUGUUCAUUGUUGACAGCUCCCGAAGUGUGCGCCCCAAUGAAUUUGACAAAGUCAAGGUUUUCAUGUCUCAAGUCAUUGAGGCACUUGAUGUAAGCCCUAAUACAACUCGGGUUGGAGUCAUCAACUAUGCCAGUGCUGUCAAGAGUGAAUUGUCCCUCAAAACUCAUCAUACAAAGGCCAGCCUGCUACAAGCAGUUCGCAGGAUCGAGCCUCUCUCUACUGGGACCAUGACAGGCCUGGCUAUGCAGUUUGCCAUCAACAGAGCAUUCAGUGAAGGGGAAGGAGCCAGGGUGCGAUCCCCAGAGAUCAACAAGGUAGCUAUCGUAGUGACUGAUGGACAUCCCCAGGAUGGGGUGAAAGAUGUCUCAGCAAGGGCAAGAGCUCUCGGGAUCGAAAUCUUUGCCAUUGGUGUGGGCCGUGUUGACGUGCAUACCUUGCGACAGAUAGCUAGUCAGCCCUUGGAUGACCACGUCGACUAUGUUGAAAGUUAUAGUGUCAUUGAGAAGCUGACCAGAAAGUUUCAAGAAGCUUUCUGUGUUGUGUCAGAUUUGUGUGCCACCAGAGACCAUGAUUGCCAGCAGAUCUGUGUCAGUACAGGAGCCUUGUAUACCUGUGCUUGUGAAGUGGGUUUCACUCUUAACAGCGAUGGAAAGACCUGCAGUGCGUGUAGUGGAGGAGCUGCCACGGAUCUCAUCUUCCUGAUAGAUGGGUCGAAGAGCAUUAGGCCUGAGAACUUUGAGCUGGUUAAGAGGUUCAUUAACCAGAUUGUGGAUUCUCUGGAGGUGUCAGAUAAAAACACUCAGGUGGGCCUGGUCCAGUAUUCUAGCUCCGUCAAGCAGGAGUUCCCACUGGGACAAUACAAGAACAAGAAGGAUAUCAAAGCAGCAGUGAGAAAGAUGUCAUAUAUGGAAAAAGGCACCAUGACUGGCCAGGCUUUGAAAUAUCUAGUAGACAAUUCCUUUGCCAUCUCUAGUGGAGCAAGGCCCGGAGUCUCCAAGGUGGCUAUUGUAUUUACUGAUGGACGCUCCCAAGAUUACAUCAGUGACGCAGCCAAGAAAGCUAAAGAAUUAGGCUACAAGAUGUUUGCUCUUGGAGUGGGCAAUGCUGUUGAAGAUGAGCUCAAGGAAAUUGCCUCUGAACCAGUGGCAGAGCACUACUUCUAUACAGCUGACUUCCGAACCAUCAAUCAAAUUGGAAAGAAGCUGCAAACUAAAAUAUGUGUUGAAGAAGAUCCAUGCGAAUGUGAAGCUAUUGUCAAAUUCCAGAGAAAGGUAGACAACCUCAUAAAGGCAUUGACACGAAAACUGGAAGCUGUAUCAAAAAAGCUUGCCAUUCUGGAAAACAAGAUCACUGUUUAAAAAGUAGGAUAAUGUGGCUCCUUCCCAACUUAAAAUGAAUAUAACAGAAGACUUCUGCUGAUACAGCUGGACAGUUCUUUGAUGGUACACAAGGUCCAACGAUUGGAAGUGUCUUUGUUUUGGGAGAUGAAAAAGUUGAAUCUUUAGCAUAUAAAUCAUAGCAAAAGGUUAUAGGUUCUUGUUUAUUGAAUGACGCUAAACAUUCCUUACCUCACAGAAUAUGCAUGCAUUAAUUACCUGGAGAACUGUUUUAACCAAAGCUUAAUAUGUAUAUGUAUUAUGUUUUAAUGUAUUCUUUUUGCAAGUCCUGUGAAUGCUAAUUGGGAUUUUCUGUAUUUUGG